CUGGCUUGCCUUCGCCUUCGCCUGCCUCCUCGCUUCUUAGCUUCUUACUUCUUGCGGCUGCAGUGUGCAGUGUGUUCCGUUCCGCCGACGCAAGCCGACCGACCGCCUCUCGCUCAAGAUGAGACAGAUUUCGAAACUUGCUGUGUCGUUAAGCGUGUCCGUUGGCAUCGCGUUGGCCGCCGUUCUGCCGCACGUGCCCAACGUUCUGGACCCACCAGUGCCUGACCAGAUGCGGAUGACGCCUGAAGAUAUCGAGUCGCUGCUGGACAGCGAUCAGGACCCUGAAGUCACGCCAGGGCUCUUCCAGGGCGACAUGGCCCUGACCAACGAGGUGUUCAACUACUGGCGCGUCGGCCUGCGCUGGGACGUGUUCCCCGAAAAGCUGUGGGACAACAACACGGUGCCCUACGUCAUCAGUCCGCUUUACAUGGCCGAUUCGUAUGCGACGAUAUACACGGCGAUUCGCACCCUGAAUUUCAUGACGUGCGUCAAGUUCGUGCCUUGGGACGGCAAGAAAAAGGACUUUCUCCUCAUUUGGCCCAUCAAAUACCCCAAAGGGUGCUGGUCGUACGUGGGCAAAUACGGAGGGGCGCAGAUCGUGUCGCUGCAGCCUCCGGACGAGAAAGGGCCCAACUGCUUGGGAGGCGAAGGCCGCGCUCUGCACGAGCUCAUGCACGCGCUCGGCAUCUUCCACGAGCAGUCCAGGGCAGAUCGUGACGACUUUGUCAAAAUCAACCUCGAAAAUGUGAUCCCACAGUUCCGCAACAAUUUCGACAAGCAGAGCAGAGAAAACACGACGUACGCGUUCGAGUACGACUACGACAGCAUCAUGCACUACGGCAGAAGUUUUUUCAGCGUGGGCAAAGGCAAACCGACGAUCACGCCGAAGAAGGACAGCAAGGCGAGGCUGGGCCAACGGCGUGGCCUCAGCAAGACCGACUGCCUCAAAAUUAACGACCUCUACGGCUGUUUGGACAAGUCUGUGGCUCUCAGACGAAAAUACUACAACAUUUGCAAUUAUCUCGGACUGUGACAAUUUUAUUUCCAUAUAGCACCGACACGAAUCUCAUAGAUUCUGCAAACAAUAUUUAUUAAUUUCUAAUUUAAUAAUAAAACAUACAAGUAAAA